AUGGCAUCUGGAAAUACCUUCUGUGGAACUUUGGUGGAAUUUCCUGGAAUCGGAAUUGACAAGUUCGGCUCCGAAUGUCAAAUCUACUUGUUAACCCACCAUCAUGCUGACCACACAGUGGGUUUGGCAAACAAGUCAUUUUGUAGACGUGUUUAUUGUAGUCAAAUGACGAAAGAUUUGAUAUCCCAAAGUCAGCAGUUUGAAGAUAGUUUGCGAUAUCUAGUUCCUAAACAAUAUAAUGAACCGUUUGUGUUAACGGUCAGCGAUGAAGAGGUCACUAUAACAUUGAUUCCUUCAUAUCAUUGUCCCGGGUCUACCAUGUUCUUAAUAGAGAAUAGAAGGGCUUCUGUACUAUUUACUGGAGAUAUCAGGGCAGAGACAUGGUGGGUCAACUCUUUGGCCAAGAGUCCCUUUCUCUUCCCCUAUACCAUUGGUGCGAAAGUACUAGAUCAACUAUAUAUAGACACUACAUUUUCCUAUAGGGGAGAACCGUAUGUUGAGAUACCAGAGAACAACGAGGGUAUCAAAGUUAUCAUUGAAAUGCUAAAGAAUUUUCCCAUCAACGACCCGGAAAUCCAGUUCUGUUUCAUGGAUAGCACAUCUGGAUUUGAAGAGGCUUGGGUGCAAAUUAUCAGUUCCAUUGAGGGCAGCUUAUCAUUGAGCGCCGAUUUACGUAGAAGAAUCGAACUCAUUGCGUCAGAAGUUUGUAAUGGUCCUAUCUUUCAUGUUUUGAGCAAACCGGACGACGCAUAUGAGGUGAAGAACUGCAAAAUACUUGUGAAGAUCUACCAGUGCAUAAACUUUAACAUAGUCGAUUUCUUAGGAACAAGCAUGCCCAUACCAUUGAGUUCUGUUGAUAGGUCUCUUUUCAAAAGUAUUGAAACUACAAAAAUGGGAAAUAAACUUUGCAUGUACGGCAAUAGAAAGUGGAUACUACCAAAAGAUGGCAAAGAGCUUCUUCCACUAGACCUCAGACUUAUAUUCUCACGACACUCCUCAUACACUGAAACAUUACAGUUUACAUCAUUAUUCCGACCGAAGCUGGUGUUUCCAUGUACUGAAUCCAAACAAACAUGGUUAGGAGGUUUCAGUUGCGAAAGGAUCUUUGGACAGUUGUGUCAAAAUCCUGAAGGUGAACAUCCGUAUGACAUUCGAAUGUUCAAGCGAUAUGGACGACCAGUUCUAUCUGCUGAAGCUGGUGUUCCCACUAUCAACAGAUGGAAUUUGAACGAA